AUGGCGCGCGGCCCCGGCCCAAGCCGAGCGGCGUGCCAAGGCGCGAAGCGCAAAAGCCAUCGAUGGGGUCAAACAAGCGUAGGCAAGGGACCAGGGAGCUGCGGCUGGAAAGUUGGAUAUGCAGAAAUGCAAGACGCAGCCGCCGUGACCCGUCGACCGUGUCCUACGAGCCACAGCGCGCAUUCCCAACGAGCACACAAGACCCCACGAGGCAGAUCAAAGCCAGGCAUAUCGCGGCAGCCAGGCCAGGCAAGGCAAGGCAAGGCAAGGCAGCUCUGCCCCUCCCUCCCGCUCACGCUCCAUCUUUCUCUGCGCACCAUCGAACGACUUCAGAAGACGAAGAAACCGAAGAGCAACAUCAGACGGGAUCGCCAUGGAAACCUGGCGCAUAGCAUACUGAACACAGCACAACAGUCAAGGAAAGGCACACCGUGCAUCAUAAACAGCACGACGCGGCGUCAUACACCGACGCCAACAACGCCAACAACGCCGCCGCCGCCGCCGUUUUGCCAGUUCGCCAGUUUACCGCUCUUACGCAACCGGCAUCGAAACUGUUGUUUGGAACACCUGACUACAACAGCUCCCACACCGCUGGCUGGCCAGGUUGGGUAA